AUGAACUUACUAGAUCAGAUCUAAUAAGAAGUAAUCCUUUUACUAUUAUUGCUAUAGAUUACUAACUAUUUUCCUAAACUUAAACAUAACUUAUAAGAAUUAGGACAAUCAACAAUAACAAUCUAAUAACCAAACAAUGCUUUAAAGGGCAUUCAAAUUAUCAUAUCUGUCCUUGAUGAAUUAUUUGGGUAUUUCUAUAAAUAUUUCUAUCUAGAAUUCUUUAAGAAAUAAACUGCCAAUAUGCCUAAUUAGAAUAAUAGUUAUAAAAGUAUGAAGGUGAGUGCAGAUCUCAUAUUAGGGUAUAAAAAAUUAAAAUAACUUUAGACAGAAUAGAGAUUGAAAAUUCAUUGUGAAAACAUCCAAGAACUCUAUGAAUAGUAACUAAUUAUAGAAAAAGAUUAUAAAGCUUAAGUCAUGGUAUAAUCUCAUGCUUUUAUAUUCUUUAGAGUUACUAAAAGGAGAUAACUUAGCUCAAGAAAGAUCUCGAAGAUACUAAAUAUUAGAAGAAUCAGUAAUUGCAAUAAAAAACUCAAUCAAUAAUCGAUAAAAUAAUAUUAGAUCAAUAAAAAUAAACAAUUCAAUUUGAUACUAAAUCAAGAUCAAAUACAUUCCACAACAAUUUCAUGAAUCUCAAUUAAUAAAAAUAAUAUAUCUCUGUUAAAACAAAUACUAGAAAAAAUAGAUUGGUUACUGAAUAUUAAGAUUAUUAAACAAAGUAUAUAAUAUAAUAUAUAUUUCAAGUUCCAAAUAAUCAAUUGAAGAAAAAUAAUACUCAUCUCUUGAGAAAAUUUAAGAGUUAGCAACCCUUUAUUCUCGACCAAAAUCUAGAUUAUAAGAUAAUUACAAUAAAAAAUCUGUAACAUUGCACGUUGCUUCAAUCAAAGCCAAAUAAGUAAAAAAAGCUUGA